GUGUCUGGUUAAAUUCUAUAUCUGUGUCUCUCCCCCCAUUGUUUUUCGGCGCAAUCAGCGCUCCUCCUGUUCCUCGACGUAAUCGAUUCCACGGCCCUCCCGCGGGAGGCGGCGACUUCGGACCAUGACCCGCGCUUCAGCGCCUCCGCUGCUGCUUCAACUCCAGACAGCGGACUCUUUACCAGCACAGGCGGCGGCUUUGCGAAGCUUAAAGAAUGAGACGAUAGGCCAUAACCAGCGGAAAGAGGCCUGGGUGCGGUGGGGGAUCAUCCCCGUACUAGCCAAUAUUCUCGCAGCCCGCCAUGGCAAGGAUAUUGUUACAGCAGAAGUCAACGGAGCCGCGAAGCUUCGUUGUCCUCAGUCCGAGGACGAUGAAACAUGCUUACAAGCGAUCGUCAUCAUGGGGAGCUUAGCACAAGGCGGUGCCUCUUUUCUGUCCCCUAUCCUUGCCAGCGGCAUACUCUCGACCCUCCUAUCCAUACUGUCCAAGCCUGACUGCCCGACGUUCUAUAUUCAUCCGAUACUUCGAACAUUGAAUAACGUUGCCGACCGACUACCGCUACAAAGCCAAAAACGAUCUUUUAAAGAUACCCGUUUGGCCGAUCUCGUCUUCUCCAGCGAGUAUAUUGGCUGCUUCGCUCGCAUCAUAGGUCGCGACUACGGCAACCACCACGAUCAAGCAGCAAUUGAGCUCGCCGCAUCCCUCAUCGGGAAGUUGUGUACGGAGGAAUCUCACAAGGCGGUCUUGGCUGAGUGCGGAGUACUGGAUGCCUUGGCGGUGAAAGUUGCCUCGUUCGUGGUCGCGCAGGGAUUUGUCUAUCCUGGUGCUGAGGAGCAUGUUCAAGAGCCUGGAGCUCUGGGGUUCCUACCGCCCCCGGCACCCCCGAGCGCAAAACUGGCGCCUAUCCUCCGCGCUGUUACCGUCAUUGUGGAGCAUUCUAAGUGGCGCGCGGAGCAUUUUCUCUCUUCGCCGGGGAUCCUGACUGUGUUCCCCAAGCAAUUGGCCGAAUUUGCUCCGUGGGACAUCAAGCGAGGACCAUGGGGUGCGACCUACCUGUCGGGCUCGGCUGUACCCCGACAUGCAGGUGCCAGCCCGUUGGAGUAUCUACUGCCAUCGGUGCCGCUGGCGCAGAACAAGGCCUCUCCCAGCACCUCCAAUUUUCCUCCCCUUGGCCACCAGGGUACCACACAUCGCCGACACAGCCACUCGUUUCCGACCCCGCUCCCUAGCUUCGAAAUGCCUUCUGCCGAGGACGAAGAGAAUGCGGUCGUGCCAUGGCUUUUGUACAUUGUCCGUAGCGAGAGCGGGAUGGUGCGAUUGAUGGCGGCACGUCUUGCCACAGUUCUGUUCCGUCUUGGCCUUACAAAGAAGCAUCGCGUAUCUAUGCUAUGUUACCUGAUGAUUCCUAUUUUGAUUCGCAUGCUGGAUAAGGAUUAUGAAGUGACCGCCGAUGACGGGGUGCAAUAUGGGGGCUUGAUUCCUUCAUCCGAGCGUCUCAGAGAAGAAGCCCCGUUCGUGCUGGCGUUAUUAGUGAUUGAUGAUCACGAACUGCAGAGACAUGCUUAUGAGGGAGGCGCUAUCAAGAGGUUGUCGCAGCUGUUGAAAGAAACCUACAACCCAGUUCAAGACACCAUCCGCCCCAUGUGGCAUGCGGACGGUGAAGAGGGCCUGCUGGGCCCGGACACCACCUCCCCAGAAUGUCAGCUCGGUCCUCCGGGCUUUUCACCGAUCCACUGCCAUGUCAUGCGAUAUCGUGAGAACAUCCUCAAAGCCUUGGCGGCUUUGGUUCCCUUCAAGGACGAAUAUCGCAAAGCCGUUUGUGAGAACGGGGUGGUGCCAUACAUUAUCGACUCUCUCAAGCCGUGCUCAGACGAAUUGUCGGGGGACACGUCGACUCCAAAGAACACUGUGGCCGAUGGCAACCCCACACCCACCCUGCUGGCAGCCUGCGGGGCCGCACGCAUGCUCACUCGUUCGGUGAGUGUCCUCCGCACGAGUCUGAUUGAUGCGGGCGUCGCGACGCCCUUGUUUGUCUUGAUUAAACACCCCGACAUUGAGGUCCAGAUUGCAGCGACGCAGGUCAUUUGCAACCUGGCUUUGGACUUCAGUCCAAUGAAAGAGGCAAUCAUCUCGGCCGAUGUUCUUCCCAUUCUGUGUGAACAUGCUCAUUCCCAAAGCACAAAGUUGCGGAUAGAAUCGCUGUGGGCCCUGAAGCAUGUUGCAUAUAACUCGACCAAUGAUGUAAAGAUAAAGAUCAUAGAAGGACUGGGUGCGGAAUGGAUCAAACAGGUCAUCACCCAGGAUCCUACCACUGCUUUAGCCAAGCGCGGAAUGGACGAGGAGGCGGACAGCAGCACCAGCGCGGGCAUGAGCCGAGCCAACUCGGCUGGAGAGCAGGUAGACCUGUUGAACCCGGUGGAGAGCGGUGGGGACGAGGAUAUGAAAAUGGCCGAUACGGUGCCCUCGCACAAAAUCAGUCUCGACAUGUUCAUUCCGGAUGCCACCCGGCGACGCAAGUUGACUUUGCAAGGCGAUUUGGACCAGACGACGCGGGCUCGACAGGACGAUAUUGCGGUCCAGGAACAAACCUUUGACCUACUGCGCAACAUCAUCUGCGGGCCCGGUGCGUUUGAGAUGAUCGACCAUUUGUUCAAGGAGAUUGGGCAGGAUCUGCUUCUGGAUGCGCUGGCAGACAAGCUGCGGCCGCGUUCCAUCUCCCUCCCGCCUCGACGAGAUGUACCGACCUCGCGGACGAUGUCCGUACCGACGGAGAUAUUGGUGUCGGUGACGUACGUGAUCAUCCAUCUGGCGGCAGGCCUACCGCGACACCGACAACUGCUUCAGAUGCACCGGGAUCUGUUGAAGUAUCUGAUGACAUACUUCAACCACAGCCAACGGGAUGUACGGAUCAACUGUGUGUGGGUGGUGAUCAACCUGGUGUAUCAGGAUGAUUCGAGCGACCGGGACGGAUGUCGCGAUCGAGCGAUCCGGAUGCGGACGAUGGGAGUGAUGGAUCGGUUGGCCAGUCUGGAUGAUGAUCCCGACUUGGAUGUGCGCGAGAGAACCAAAACGGCCCAGGAUAUGCUGAAUUCCUUGACCCAUGCAUAGCGAUGAUUCUGUUGGACAGUGGGAUGCUGCGGUUGCGGUAGGCGGCGUUGGAUGGGACCUUGAUGAAUAAAGAUCUGGAAGUGAUGACGAUGUAGAUCUGUAGCUACAAUUAUACUCGCACUACAGUUGGUGCUGUACUGUCAUGUUAGGCUUGCUGUGUAUGUAGGAUUGAGCGC